AUGAAAUUAGAUACUUCUCAUAUGAGGUAUUUAACCUCAGAUGAUUUUAGAGUUUUACAAGCUAUAGAGUUAGGAUCUCGUAAUCAUGAAUUAGUUCCAACACAAAUGAUCCAUUCUAUUGGGGGUUUAAAAUCCCCAUCAGCUACCAAUAGAGCUAUUGGUGAUAUUGCCAAAUUGAAAUUGAUUUCUAGAUUGAGAAAUGCCAAAUAUGAUGGGUUUAGAUUGACAUACAAUGGAUAUGAUUAUCUUGCUUUAAAGAGCAUGCUUAAUAGAGAUACAUUAUAUUCCGUUGGUACAACUAUUGGUGUUGGUAAAGAAUCUGAUAUCUAUUCCGUUAGUGAUCCACAAGGGGUUCAGAAAGUCAUGAAAAUCCAUCGUUUGGGAAGAACAUCAUUUAAAACAGUUAAGAACAAUCGUGAUUAUUUGAAGAAUAAACAAACGUCGAACUGGAUGUAUUUGUCUAGGCUAGCAGCUGCCAAAGAAUACCAAUUCAUGGAAGUUUUAUACAACAAUGGGUUCAAUGUUCCUCAACCAUUCGAUUAUUCCAGACAUUGUGUUAUGAUGGAAUGGAUUAAAGGUAUACCAAUGAAACAUUUGAGACAACACAAAAACUACAAGAAGUUAUAUUCCGAUUUGAUGAACUUCAUUGUCAAACUAGCCAAGUCCGGGUUGAUUCAUUGUGAUUUCAAUGAGUUUAACAUUAUUAUUCGUGAUGACUCUACAAACUAUGAGUAUGACUUUGUUGUUAUUGAUUUCCCACAAUGUGUAUCGAUUGAACAUCCAGAUGCAAAAGAGUACUUUGAUCGUGAUGUCCAAGGUAUUAGAGACUUUUUCAGUAAAAAAUUCAAAUACAAUCCGGAACAUGAUCCAACCAUGUUUGAUACCGAUGGAUAUGGAGAUGGCUACAAAUAUGCUUAUCCUAAUUUCAAACGUGAUGUUAUUAGAGAAAAAGCUUUGGAUGUAGAAGUUCAAGCCUCAGGAUAUGCUAAAAAGAAGACUGGUAAUAGAGAGGAUAAAGAUUUGGAAAAGGCCGUUAUGGGUAUGAGAAUAACUACUGACGAGAAUGAUGAUCUUUCAGAAAUAGAAGAUGAGCAAGAUGAUGAUGAUGAUGAUGAAGAAGGGUACGACGACGAAGACUUUGAAGAGGAUGAGGAAGAGGAAGCGUUCGAUGAAGAGGACCACGACGAAGAGGCAGAGGCUGAAGAAAAUGAAAAGAUUAUCACUGCAUUAUCUUCUGGAGAUAAGAAACUCAAAAUGGAUAAGUUAGGUAAUUAUAUACUAGAUGAGUAG